AUGGCCACCUCCCUUAUUCUCACCGCACUCCCGCAUGACGCAACGACCGCGCUCGCCACCGCUGGCACCUUCCCGAACGCCAAAGUAACCGUAAACUUCAAGCCCGUCGGCUCCGCACCGCUGCUAAACCGUGCGGUGGUGACGAUAUCGAGUACGCAGCGAUUCGAGACGGUGGUAGGGUGGUUGCGGAAACGGCUGAAGGUGACGGAGAAGGAGAGCGUGUUUUUGUAUGUGAAUAGCUCGUUUGCGCCGAGUUUGGAUGAGGUGGUGGGGAAUUUACAUCGGUGUUUUAAGGAUGCGAGGGAUCAGUUGGUUAUUACUUAUAGUAUGACACCUGCUUUUGGUUGA